GUUGACUUCGUCAUCGCCAUAUUGUCAACAAGAUAGUGUGAGUUAACAGAAAUGUAAUACGGUUGGUUUAAAACCCUGGAGAAAUGAAAUGUUUUUAACGUCUUAUCCGAUUUCAUUGAAAUAAUGUCUGCCUUCAAUGAAAAUCUAAAGGAUGGGAGCAAGGGUGGAUUUUGGAAAAAAGGAGGCGGUUAUCCUGGAAGCAUAAAGCCAGUAUAUGGAGCCCAGCACCCUCCACUUCAAAUGAUGCCAAGGGGAAAGGAGGAACGUUCUAAAACCAGUAACAAGCGGGACGCCUUCCAUGACUUUGAGUACAACACGUCGGAUGCAUGGGAUGAUGGGGAUGACGACCUGUUCGUGAUGGCAAACAUUCAGAUGUCAUUACGUGACGUACGAUCCACCGCAAAGGCUGUGAUGGAAAAUCACAGCAAACAGUUCGGUGCUCAAAACCAGCAAUCUUCUCACAAUGCUCUCAAAGAUCAUGUGACUGCUGUUCCUUCUGCAACGUCGUCUCAUGGGGCGGGUCCAGGUGUAGGAGUCCGACUUAAUAGUGGAUGGAAGCCCCCCAAGUCUACCCCGAUAAGGUUUACCAAGGAAGUAGUACCUGACAGAGAAGCUACCAAACUAGAGAAGUUUCGAUCUGUGCUAGCUGGUCCAAACACAGACCUGGAGGAAUUGAGAAAACUCAGCUGGUCAGGAAUACCAAAACCUGUUCGAGCAACAGCAUGGAAAAUUUUAUCUGGCUACCUUCCAGCAAGUGUAGACAGAAGGGAGCCUACUCUACAAAGAAAACGACAUGAGUAUUUUAGUUUCAUUGAACAAUAUUAUGACACACGACAUCAGGAUAUGCACCAAGACACCUUCAGACAACAACAAUUAGGUCUUGGCACAAUUCUUAAAGACAUACCAAGAAUGACCUCUCUAGCUCACCUUUUCCAACAAAAAGUUGUUCAAGAAAUAUUUGAGCGUAUCCUAUAUAUCUGGGCCAUCAGACAUCCAGCUAGUGGCUACGUCCAGGGGAUCAAUGAUCUGGUCACGCCAUUCUUUGUUGUGUUUUUGUCGGAGUUUAUAGAUAAUGAAGUUGCAGCAUCCAAUGUGGAAUCAGAAAACUUUGAUUUAAGCCAGCUCCCGCAGGAGACCUUGAACACUAUUGAGGCAGACAGUUUCUGGUGCACUUCCAGGCUUUUGGAUGGCAUACAGGACAAUUAUACAUUUGCCCAGCCAGGAAUUCAGAUGAAAGUCAAUGCACUAAAGGAACUUAUCAAGAGAAUUAAUGUUCCAUUACACAAGCACCUGGAGGAACACUGUGUGGAAUUUCUCCAGUUCUCGUUCCGAUGGAUGAACAACUUACUGAUGCGAGAAAUACCACUACGAUGUACUAUUCGACUUUGGGAUACAUAUCAGGCUGAACAGAAUGGAUUUGCAGAUUUCCACCUGUAUGUUUGUGCUGCAUUUCUAGUCCGAUUUAAUCAGGAUAUUCUAAGAGAGCAAGAUUUUCAGGGAAUUCUCAUGUUUCUUCAAAACCUUCCUACCCACCACUGGCAGAAUGAAGAGAUCGGUGAACUCUUAGCUGAAGCAUACAAACUCAAGUAUAUGUUUGCUGAUGCACCAAAUCAUCUCAGUAAAAAGAAGUGAUGUUCAUUUCAGUUGUGCGGUUUCCAUUUCAUGAAAAAGAGCUGGACUCGUGGAUCCAGAUGGUCACUGCAAGCGCUGGCCUCGCGUCCUGACCACUGGCCAUAUAUUCAAGUCUUUCAGUGUAUAGUGCCAAGAUUUACGUGCUGGGAAUCCCCAGACCUAGCCAAAAUGUUGUCACUCCGACCAAGUCAUUGUCCGUUGCUGGUCACUGCUGGGGAAUGGUGUAUUUGAGAUUCUAUGCAAACAAUGGCCACUUUUGUCUAGAGUAAUGAGUGUGAGAACGAAAUGUGUACUCUCUCUAGACAUCUUCAUGUAUUAUGAAUACUACAUAUUUUAAUUGGAAAUUUACACAGAUGAGGAUAUGUAGUUUAUAAAAACUAUCACUCCUGCAGACUAGUGUUAACCAUGCACUUGUAUUGACUGACAUCAACACUCAGUGAUCACUUUGUUGUCUCUCUAUAGUUAUGGAUCUGUUCGAAGUGGAGUUUUCAUUUUUAGCAUGUUUAUUCUUUUUGUGACAGUCAUUUAGUUUUGAAAAUACAUGAGGGCAUGAACUGCAACACUCUAUGCCAGUAUACUUUGUGAAAAGUUUGCUAGUGUGAAGCAUUGCUGUUCAUACCAUCACCUAUUUUCAAAAAUUAAAUUUAUUUUUAAUACAGUGUAUUUAUAUUUUACUUUCAUUACUGUCUUCAUAUUCCCAGCCGUUAAAGUAGUCUUUCUAUACUUAUCAAGAUUCAUACGCACAUCGUUCACAUUCAUGAGGAAAUAAUUGGUAAAGAUAUUGAAGGUAAAAAAUUGGAAAUGUAAAUAUGUAAAUUUUGCAUUUUCAGCAGGACUAUUUCGAAGAAUCAAUAUGAACUAGCUAGGUCAGCAACUUUGUUGUAUGUUUCUUGUUGCUUUUUUGUAGCAACAUCUGAAUGAGCUGCUGUUGGAUGCUGAGUGUGUAUUACAGGCACAUUUAGUAUGUCUGAAAGAAUGUUGGACUGGCAUUGGUAAUACAGUACAUUUUAAUCUGGUUUUGUCAAUCAAGUGAAAUUUACAACCUUGGAGAGCAAAAUACUGAUUAUUUACUCAUUAAUACAUGUAUAUAUUUUAUGAAUAUUAUUCAUGUGAUGAAUUUUAAAAUGUUAUAAUGAAGAAACCAUUUAGAGUAUACCUGAAGGUCCCUACAGCCUGGCUGUACUGUUGUACGUAUGAAAUGUAUGUGGCAUUAAUAGCUGAUACUUACAGAGAAUUGCUAACAGUUCAACUUUGUAGAUGUACUGGGCAUCUAGUUAUCUAUAGCCAAACUGUUUAUUAUACUCACAAAUUUAACCAGGUCAACCUCACUUUAGAAUUUGUAAAUGUCCCUCAUAGCUAAAUGCAAAGUGUACAUAAACACAUGGGAUAUUCUCCCAGUAUGUUAUGCAAGUCAUCUUCAGUGAUCGUUGCACUUUUGACCUUGUGAUGGAUGUUCAAUAAUUAAGUGUAAUGUUUCUAGUGAUGCUGUUUAACGAGUGUACGUGAACUAACAACACUCCAAAUUGACAAGUUCUAGCAAAAGGAUUGAGAAAAUAUUUUGACUCUCAUUGAAAAUAAAUCAUAACCUUUUGAUAGCGCAUGUCUUAAACCAUUGAUCUGAAAAUACAGUGAUUGAAUUUGUACAGGAAUAGAUAUGCUAUUUGAUUUCCUCUAUUCAAUUUAGUGCGAGUAAAAGUUAUAAUAAAGUUGUAACAUGAUACUUUUCAUCAAACAUUGAUAAUCUGCCCCCAGUUUUGAUAGAAAGACAAAAUAAGACUUUGUGAAGUCCUUAAGAUGCACAGACAUUUCUUGAUUAAAUGCCGCAUUUGUUUGAUGGCUGGGGCCCAGUUUAGGGAUAUUGUUUGGAGUGCUUAUAGUCUGUGAUGUGUUUCGUACCUUGUAGUGACAUGUUUUAGUUACUCAGCUUUGUGAGAUAGGGCACAAUUUAUAAUUGAUAAAACUGAUAAAACCAUUUAAUCUGAAAAUGAAGAAAACUGAGUCCCUAUGUAAUGAUUUUACAGUGUCUGACUUGUUUGCCUUUAUUGUGGGUUUAUUUGUAUAUUCAGUGAAUAGACAAACAUAUCAUAAAA